ACAUCUUGGGGGUGGGCAGCAGUCUUUAAUGUCUUGCCUGCUGCUGCUAGUGGCGACAGUGAGAGCAAAUCAUUCUGCCGUCUCACAGGCCGUGCAUCCAUCUUUUACAUUUUCCAGAGCUUUUUUUGACAGCUAAGAGAUCCAUCCCUUCUCAUCCCCUUUCUUGCACACACUGAUGUACCAUCCCAGGCACUGAUUUUGCUGACCAAAAAGCCUGACAGAGGUCCAGUGCAUGAAUCAUGGCUGUUCCUUCCUCUGAUAGUUGCCUGAGCUACCCUGCCGAGGAAAUGGCUCCUUACAUCAAAACACCAACAAAUUGAGACCCUGCUAACCCCAAAUAAAGGCUUUUUAAAAAUCGCGCAGUAGGGAGAUCAUGGGCGAUAUGAAAACCCCAGACUUCGAUGACCUGCUUGCGGCCUUUGACAUCCCUGACAUGGUGGACCCAAAGGCAGCCAUUGAAUCAGGACACGAUGACCAGGAUGGCCAGCUAAAGCACAAUGUCCACCAACACCAGGACGAGGACAACCAGGGUCCAACGGGCCCUGACGUGGGAGUCAGUGUCAUUGUCAAGAACGUCCGAAACAUUGACCCCAGUGAGCAACCGCUUUCCGACAAAGAUGCACAUCCUCCUCCGGUUGGCAGUGGCAGCCUGCAGAAUGGUUUCUUGGGCACGUGCUCGAGUGACCGACGUGGCAAAAGUGGCGGGAAACCUUUGAAGAAGAGGACAACCCUUGAGGACAACAGUAGACCUCAAAUCAACAAUCCCUCCUUCAACCAGUUCAGUCCCAUUUCCAGUGCUGAGGAGUUUGAUGAGGAUGAUAAAAUAGAGGUGGAUGACCCAGUUGACAGUCAGAGUAACGUUCCUUCCUGUUCCUUGCCAAACCCCUUAACUGGAUCGACUGGCGAUGGCGCUUCAAAACCAGGUUCCAAAGGGGAACUUGUGAGUUCAAAAGUUGAAAAUGAUAGUAAUGGCAACAGCAGUAUCUGCUUGGAUUCACACCCUCAAAACUCUUCCAAAACAAGGAAACCAGAAGAGCAGCGGCAUGAGGUUGACCAAAAGCCCUCUGAGAUCAAAGAAACAUCAGAAGUUGUGUCUUCGGGAGUGUCCAAUGCGUCUCAAGUCAAAGCCAAAUCCUCUGCCAAGCUCUCGUCCUGCAUUGCUGCGAUUGCAGCCCUUACUGCAAAGAAGGCCUCCUCUGAGCCAUCUGUUUCAGAAUCUCCCACCAGCCUGCCAGACUCCAGCCAGGAAAACAAGGACAGUCCGCAGAUCAUGGAAGAGCCACAGGACCAGCAGGAGACAUCCCUGGAUGUAGCCAAGAAAACGCUCUCAGAAAAACCAGAAAGUCCUUGUAGCGUCACCAGUGAGGGCAGUAGUAAAGGAUCCCCGUCGUCCCCAAAUGGGUCUAUUCCUGUCAUCCCAAAGGUCAGAAUCAAAACCAUUAAGACGUCGUCUGGUCAAAUCAAGCGGACAGUUUCCCGAGUGCUACCAGAGUUUGACCCUGAGGGCCUGAGGAAAGCGGGAGAUUCGUUUGUGAUUUCUGGCCUGUCGCCUCCCAACUCCAACACUGCUGCAGUGUUUUCGUCCCCCUCUCGAGCGGUUAUGGCAACCUCGGGUGGUCCAGCCAUGGAGGUCACCAAGCAGAUGACCAUCAAGCCCGUGGCCACAGCUUUCCUGCCCGUGUCGGCGGUGAAAACUGCUGGCUCUCAGGUGAUCAACCUGAAGCUGGCCAACAACACCACGGUAAAGGCCACGGUCAUCCCAGCCGCCUCAAUGCAGAGUGCCAGCAGUGCCAUACUGAAGGCUGCCAACGCGAUCCAGCAGCAGACUGUGAUGGUGCCCGCGUCCAGUCUGACCACUGCCAAGCUCAAGACGGUUCACCUCACCAAUCUCAACCUGCUGCCACAGUCCUCCUCCACCCCCUCCGAGCUUCACCAGGUCCUGUCCAAGUCACAGCAGCCAAUCAAACAGGCCAUCAUGUCCAACCAGACCCCGAAGAAGGUGUCUCGUGUGCAAGUUCUGGCGAGCUCCCAAAGUUCCGUCGUCGAAGCGUUCAACAAAGUCCUGAGCAGCAUCAACCCGGUCCCAGUGUAUGUCCCCAACCUCAGCCCUCCGUCGGCCGCCUGCAUAUCCAUCCCGUCGAGGGGCUACAAGUGCCUGGAGUGCGGUGACUCCUUCGCCCUGGAGAAGAGCCUCACCCAGCACUACGACCGGCGCAGCGUGCGCAUCGAGGUCACCUGCAACCACUGCACCCGCAACCUGGUGUUCUACAACAAGUGCAGCCUGCUGUCCCACGCCCGCGGCCACAAGGACAAAGGCGUGGUGAUGCAGUGCUCCCACCUCAUCCUGAAGCCCAUUCCAGCCGACCAGAUGAUCUCGCCGGCCUCCUCCUGCUCAUCGGCAGCCUCUUCUCCCUCCAUCUCCUCCAACAACACUGCUUCAGUAGGGACCUUCAGCUCUGCCACGAGCAACCCCCAGGGGAAAUCUAACCCGUCAAUAGCGGUGAUAUCCGCCCCGUCCUCUGCGCCACUGGUGGCUGCCAUGCCCUUAGAGGAGGACGCUUCCAGACUCUGCAGGCACAACCUUAAGUGUCUGGAGUGCAAUGAGGUGUUCCAGGAGGAGUCUGCAUUAGCUAUGCACUACCAGCAGGGGGCAGAGUCCACCGGCCAGAAGACAUGCAGCAUCUGUCAAAUGCUACUGCCAAACCCCUGUAGCUUUGCGUCUCACCAGCGCAUACACCAGCACAAGUCCCCGUACAUCUGUCCUGAGUGUGGAGCCAUCUGUCGCUCUGUGCACUUCCAGUCUCACGUCACCAAGAACUGCCUUCAUUACACGCGCAGAGUUGGCUAUCGUUGUGUCCAUUGCAGUGUUAUCUUUGCGGACGUUGGAGCCCUGAAGACUCACAUCCAGGGCUCUCAUUGUGAAAUCUUCUACAAAUGCCCCAUCUGCCCCAUGGCCUUCAAGUCUGCACCUGGCACGCACUCCCAUGCCUACACCCAACACCCCGGGGUGAAAAUCGCAGAGCCUAAGCUGAUCUACAAGUGCUCCAUGUGUGACACGGUGUUCACCCAGCAGACCCUCCUGAACACCCACUUUGACCAGCACCUGUCCAGCCACAGGGUCUCCGUCUUCAAGUGCCCCGACUGCUCCAUGCACUACGCCCAGAAGCAGCUCAUGAUGGAGCACAUCAAGUCCUUACACGGCACCCUAAAGACCAUCGAGGGGCCUCCAAACCUGGGCAUCAACUUGCCACUCAGCACCAAGGCCACCAACUCCAACACCAUGUGCUCCAACACCAACAAGGAGACAGGCUACCUCAACGGCCACGACAAGCGGGACAAGAAGCCGGCGUCUCCCACGAAGAAGACCAGCAACGGCACAGAGAGCUCCAACAAGAACGCCCCUAACCCCGGCUGGACGUGCAGGGACUGCUCACGCCUCUUCGCCCAGAGGGAGGUCUACAUCAACCACAUGAAGAGAGAGCACGGCAUGCAACUGAAGAAGCAUCCGUGCCGCCUGUGUGACAAGUCCUUCAGCUCCUCCCACAGCUUGUGCCGCCACAACCGCAUCAAGCACAAGGGCCUGCGCAAGGUCUACUCCUGCCCCCAUUGUCCGGAGUCUAGCCGUACCUUCACCAAGCGCCUGAUGCUGGACAAACACAUACAGCUGGUACAUGACAUCAAGACUGGGGAAGGGAAGCCAGGAACUGCCAUCACCCCUACCACUCUCAACGCUGACAAACACCUGCCACAGGCCCCCAGCCCUAAACGCAAGCAGCACGCUACAGACAACCCAGAGCACCAGGCGGCGCGAAGAAGAGAGGCGGAUCCCGAACAACGGGAAAACCAGGACCAAGAGCAGCCGGGGGGCGCUAUCGGGGGUGCGACCGUCACCGCGCCCCCUGACGUGGACGGCGAAACCCUGACGUCGGAGGGCCAGCAGCCACUGAAGAAACUGAAGGUGAGCGUGUGCAAGGUGCACCGGUGCGGCGUGUGCAACUUCAGCACGGAGGACCUGGUGGAGUUCCACCAGCACAUCCCGCAGCACCGCUCCGACGGCUCCUCCUUCCAGUGCCGCGAGUGCGGCCUGUGCUACACCUCCCACCCCUCCCUCGCCCGACACCUCUUCAUCAUACACAAGCUGAAGGAGCCCGCGAGUCUGGGCCGGCACAGGGCCGGAGGCGGCCCAGGGGGAGUGUUGCAGCAGCAGCAGGGGGAGGAUGACGUGGGGCUGGGGGACGAGGCGGGCGCGGACGAGGAGCAAGGGUCGGACAAGUGUUGUAAAGUGUGCCGCAGGACCUUCGAGACGCAGGGGGCGCUUAAAACACACAUGCGGACGCAUGGCAUGGCCUUCAUACGCUCCAAGAGAUUAGGGACGGCAACGGACAAGUGACCUUUGACUUUUGGGGUGGAGGGGUAACUAGUCAGAUAACAUAGAUAUGAACACUAGAUGCGAUGUUCCGCCUUUUGGAGUGGCCCAACAAGGGUGCCGCCAUCUUUGAUUUUGUCUCACCGCCACCUAAAGGAUAAUGUGCGCAUUGCAUUGCCUUGUUCUGGCAGAGUUAUACCGGUUAAAUACUGUAUGGCAGCAAAAUAACUUGAGCCAUUCGUUCCAAUUCAAAGAAGUGGUCAACAAAGUAUGUAGUGUUCAUUUCUAUGUUAGGAUAAGACUGUCACACACUCCCUGAGCAAGGCUAAACUGAACUUUGAACUUAAAACAAAAAACGACAUUAGGUGGAUGUUGGGUUUUCCCCAUCUCCCACUGCCCCAGACGUGUACUUAAAGAAAAAUGUACAGAUAUAUAAAACACAAAAAUACUUAGUGUUUUUUUAAAAUAUGUAAUAUAUUGGGAAAAGUAAAGCAGAGUUGUGUAUUUAAGUACCUAAAACGAUUUUGUACGCUUUAAAUAUGUAUGGUCCAUAUGUAUGGUCAUUUUUUCAUUUUUUUCAUCAUCAAGUGUAUCACUCACGUUUAUGAUUUUACAUCGAACUGGUAAUGUAUAUCAGUAAUUCUCGAAUUUCCUCACUGCUGCUAAAGUCCUCAGAAUGUUAUGCUAAGGGGGCUUACAUAGUUGAUGCGAAGUAGAACGCGUUGACGUGUGUUAUUUGCACAUAUUACUACAUUCUCCACAGCAACGCAAGUAUCGUCCCCAAUGACAAUGCCCACAACACAAGUAUCAACAUUUUUGGGGACGCGUUUUGCAACGCAUCGACAUAUAAUACCCGUUGAAGUGUAGCAAUGCGUAGCCUUGCUGCCACGCAUGCGAAUGCGUCGACUAUGUAAGCUCACGAAUACAGACAAACGCAUAAGACACUAUGUCCAUUGUACAUUGUGCAAGGACGAUCAAUCAGAAUUGAAAGUGGCAGAGGCUAGUUUGGCUAUGUCAUUGCUGAAGUCUACCAUGUUAAAUUCAAAGACUUGAACGCGUUGUUUCUCUCGAUUGAUUGCAUACCACCCUCCUGACUUGUGCAGAGCUCUGCGAAAAACUCUCACUAAUAUCAGAUUUAUGUAAAACCUGUACUGUAUGUGCACUCUUAGUUGCUGGCUCUGACCAUGCUUGCUUUUCUUUUUUUAUUUACUUCCUUUUGUUUUUAUUCUUCUUCUCAGGCAAUUCAGUAGCUGUGUUACCAUGUUGCUAGCCAUGGUACCACUACCACACGUGUUGGGGAAACCCACUGCUGUCUUGAUUUGUCUUCCUGAGAUUAUGCACCUUUGUUUUGUUUUGGCCUUUUUUUCAGUCUCUACUCAUGUCGUGGCAUCAUUUCAACUGCAAUAGGCAAUUUCCUUUACAUUUCAAGAUAUUGCAUUACUUUUUUUUUUUACUGUGUGUGGCACACGUUGCCAUCGCUACACUUUCAUUGUUUACAUCGCUGCCUUACAGAUCUGGUUCUUUGUAAGAACAUACUGUUUUACACAUCCUCCUUACAUGUGUCUUGCUUCAUACUUCUUCUUUCAGGCACUGUCAGCAGGGCACGUUACAGAGUUUCUUAGGGGACAUGGUGGGUGGGGUGUCAAAAUGAAAAUGUACAUGUUUCGGUGAUGUGCGCAGGUUUGGAUGCACAGCAGAAAUGCGUAUGUUUUCCUGACUCUCAGCAUGUCUCUUUGCAGCCUCUGUACAUAUGCAGUGAAGUCAAACCCUGAGAUGCUCGUCAGUAGUGUAGCCUAAAUAGCUGCCGUGUGCAAAUUAAAGAUCAUGUUGAGUCCCCCCACUCUGUUCUUUAAACUAGACUACAAGAGCUGGUCAAAAGACAAUAAAAUGGAUGGAAAAAUACCUUUUCUACGAAGAUUGUAUUAAAUACAUUUGUCCGGAGGAAAAACGACUGCCUCUGCUAGUCACUAGCCUUGUUAUUUGUUUCACAGGCCUCACAUUCCAAGUUGUAUUUUAGAACAGAACUCGAACGGUUCUCAAAGAACAUUCUAAAAAGGGUUUUUAAAAAAAACACUUUUUUUUCCUGUAUUAGUUCCUGUUUUCGUACAUUUUGAGCAUCUGAUUAUUUGUCCAAAAUAAUAUGCAUGACAGAAGCCGCCAGGGCUUGUUACCUGUUAUUUAGAAGGUGUCUUGCUGAUCUUUACUAGAGCUCUUAGAUGUUUGUGUACAAACCUGUUGGCAGUAAACACAAAUAAAAAACUGUUCAAAUUAUUAA